GCCAGAGAAGCGAAGCCAGUAUCCAGGAAGUAUCCAAAUAGGAAAAGCACAAAGACCCCAAAGUCAAUGUGACAUGCUGCAUGAAAAUGAACCAGUCAAUUUGGGAAAAAGACUCGCUCAUUCCCCACUCUCAGUCAACACUUGGAUCAUUUCCGGCGGCCUCCAACCCAAUCAACAUUCACAUUAUCAUGGUUCUCUGUUAGCAUUAGCACCUUUUUUAAACCAACUGUCCUCAUACCCAAGGAAGUACUCCUUGAUCCUGCUUUUUUACGUUGUUAGUUGGUCGGAAAUGCCAGCCGUUUAUGACAAUUGGGAUAGGUUGGUCCGAGCCGUUCUUCGCCGGGAGGACUACCUGGAGAUUGCUUUAAGGGCUCCCAGUGAUCUUUCUCAAGCAUCAUCAUCAUUUUCAUCAUUGUCAGCAUCAUCCUCUUUUAAUUUCAUUUCUCCAUCUGAUGAUUACCAAGUUCCCUCACUGGACUUCUCCAAAUUAUCCUCUGUUGGGGAUCCUCUUACUUUCCGCCAAAUUGUCCAAGCCACUGACUACUUGAGUAGCUCCAAUCUCAUCAAGAAUGGCCGCUUUGGUGAUCUCUUUUAUGGUGUUUUAGAAGGCGGAAUCCAAGUUGUUGUUCAGAAGCUUGAUUUGUCAUCACCUCAAAAAGUGUCAUUCUUGAAGUCAGAGAUUGAAUUCUUCUCUAAUCAUUCCCAUCCUAGAUUUGUCCCUUUACUGGGGCAUUGCUUGGAGAAUUGGAGUCACAAGUUUCUGGUCUACAAAUACAUGCCCAACAAGGACUUGUUCACAUGUUUAUUCAAGAAAACUGAGAGUGCCGCCAACAGCCCUUCCACAAUGUUAGAUUGGAAAAGCAGGUUGAAGGUUGCCACUGGAGUUGCACAGGCCUUGUGUUAUUUACAUCAUGAAUGUGUGCCACCCCUAGUUCACAGAAAUGUGAAAGCUAGCAGUAUAUUGAUCGAUGAGAACUACGAUGGCUACAUAGGGAGUUUUGCGGAGGUCUGUGCUGAUAAUAAAGACAGAAAUCGGAGAAAAAUUUCCAAAAUACUCCGUUUGCCCAAGUAAGCCUAUAAUAUUGUGUACUGUCUGUGUUAUGGUGUUUACUUGAUUCUAUCUCCCACAAUAUGUUUCUGAUAAACUGGUGUUAUAGAAGAUUUGUUGCUAGUUUAAAUGCCUAGCUGCACUUUAUUGGACACAAAAUGCACCCUUGGUAGGAAGGAACUUAUGGUAGCUGCUUCAGUCAUUAUUAGAGUGAUGAGUUGCAUUGGCGUAGUCAUGUUUCCUGGAUAUGACAUUUGAGAAUUCCAUGUUUAAUAUUCUGAAAUUUGAACUGGGGGAGGACAUCAGAUUUACAAAUUUACCUUGGAGUUGCUUGAUCUUCUGAUGUUACUGUAAUAGUGUGUGCCGUUUACAUGAAUGAAAAUUCAACUUUCAUUUUCUUUGUCUACAAAGCAAUAUAGUGCCCUAGACCAGUACUUUUAAGUAUUCUGGUUGAAGAUGUACUAUAUAAUAUGCCAUUAGAUUCCUCUAUAUUCCUGUUUUUCUAAUGUUGAUUAUAUGCAACAAAAAUUGGUGACUCAGUACUAUUUCCAUUACGUGUACAGGGGUUCUGAGCAAGGUGCUUCUGGUAUGUGAAACAAAUUUCAUUGUCAUUGCAUCUAAUCUUUCAGUUUCAUACUUUCUGACACUAAGUUGCUCGAAGAUUAGAGUAUUACCUGCCAGUGUCUUUUGUAAUCUUUUGGAAAACAUUAGGCACCAUCCGUUACACGGCAGAGCAGGAUAGCUUGUUUUUCUUUCUCUUUCUUCUCCUUUCUCUUUUAAAUAAUUCGGUAGAAAUUUCCUAGAUAUUUUUCUAAAAGUUGGAUAGUGUGGAAGAAAAGAAUUGCCCAUGAUAAUCUACAGAAUUAAAACAAUUCAAGAUAUUGGCAAUUACCAUGUUAUGCAGCAGUAUCACCAUCCAUUUUCAGCUUCUGGUUUACUUUUACUGUCACGUUAUUGCACUUUGAUGAUUUUAGUAUAUGAGAUGAUUUUAGUAUAUGAUUCAGGUGCAUAUCAUGUUUACUCUAGUUUUGGUUGAUCAGAUGUUUAUUCCUUUGGCAAGAUUUUGCUUCAGCUAGUCACAGGUGUUCCAUUAUUUAGCAACAAAACCAAUUCCAGAGCACCCAGAUUGAUGGAAGACAUCCUCCCUUGCAUCACUACUUACAAUAAGGAACUGUUUCUGAAUAUUAUGGAUCCAUCUUUAUCCAUGGAGGAGCAUCUUGUAAAUGAUGUAUGGGCAGUUGCUGUUGUAGCAAAGGCCUGUCUCAGUCCUAAUGCUUCUAAACGCCCUCUAAUGAAAAAUGUAGUCAAGGCCUUAGAAGACUCCAAAUCUGAAGAGUUAAUUCAAAUAGCUACAACCCCAAGAAUGAUGAUUCUCCCAGAUGAAUCUGAAUCAGGUAUGCCCCAAGUGACACCAAAUGAAAUCUAUGUGGAUAGCUGGACUGAUUUAUGGAAUGGCCAGAGUUCAUCAGCAACUCAAAUCGAGGAGGCUUAUCGAAAUAUUGAAACCGAGGCCAGCCCAACCUUGAGGGUUUUUAGUGUUGAAGAACUAAGGGCUGCAACUAAAAAUUUCAGAAGUGAUAGUUUGGUAGGCGUAGGUGGAUUCGGACGAGUAUACAAAGGACAACUUGCUAAGAAAUCUGUAUCAAAUAGUGACAGACUGAAAAACCUACUUCCUUCUCGAUGGUACACUAUUGUGAAAUUGGAAGCUCACCGGACAUUCCCUUACACAAAGUUUUAUACACAGAAUGACCUCACAAUGCUUGGAAAGCUGUCUCACCCUAACCUCAUCAAGCUCCACGGUUACUGCUCUGAGGAUAAAGAGCUACUCCUUGUCUAUGAAUAUAUGCCUAAGCAUAAUAGCUUGAGCAAUCACCUUUUUAGAGAAGGUUCCUCCAUUCAGCCACUUUCUUGGGACAUAAGGCUUAAGGUUUUAACUGGAGCCGCUAGGGGACUGGCAUUCUUGCAUGCAUCUGAGGGCGAAGUAGUUUUCAGGGAUUUCAAGAGUUCAUCCGUAUUGCUUGACAGUUCUUACAAUGUCAAGUUAUCAGAAUUCGCCUUUGCUGGGAUGGGACCUCCAGCGAAUGACACACACGUAACAACAAGAACUGUUGGAACAUAUGGAUAUGCUUCUCCAGAGUAUAUGAAAACAGGACACACAAAUGUAAAGAGUGACGUGUAUGGUUUUGGUGUUGUAAUGGUGGAAGUUCUUAGUGGUUUACGGGCUUUUGAGGUGACUCGUGCGAAAGGGCAACAGAACUUGGUCGAUUGGUUCAGGCCUCUUUUAUCUGACAGAGGAAAGAUAAAGACCAUAAUGGAUUCAAGAUUGGAGGGCAAAUAUUGUCAAGAAGCCACAGUGGUAGUGGCUCAGCUUGCUCAGACAUGCCUUUCUUAUAUACCAAAUGCCAGGCCCUCAAUGCAACAAGUUUUGGAAACACUGGAACGCAUUGAAUCUUUUCAAGAAAAAGAACAAUACCGAGGCCAAACACGAAUGAACUCACUGGAUCAUUUCUUCUUGCCUACACACACGCUACUUGAGCAAUUUUUUCUGCUUGAACUGGAAAUUGCAACUCUUAAUUUCAGCAACAAAAACGUUAUUGGCAGGGGUGGUUUUGGUAAGGUUUACAAAGGACGGCUAGCAGAUGGAUCUCUGGUGGCAGUUAAAAGGCUUAAGGAGGAACGUACCCUAGGUGGAGAGUUACAGUUUCAAAUAGAACUGGAGAUGGGCAACAUGGCUAUUCACCAAAAUCUACUUCGUUUACGGGGCUUUUGCGUGACAUCAACAGAACGACUGCUUGUUUAUCCAUUCAUGGCCAAUUUAAGCGUGUCAUCAUGCUUGCGAGAGCGCCCUGAAACUCAACCGCCUCUUGAUUGGCCAAUAAGGAGGCGGAUUGCAUUGGAUGUUGCUAGGGGUCUAGCUUAUCUGCAUGAGUGUAAUCCCAGAAUCAUUCACCGGGAUGUAAAAGCUGCCAAUAUAUUUCUAAAUGAAGAGUUUGAGGCAGUUGUUGGAGAUUUUGGGUUGUCCAAACUCAUGGACAUCAAUGACACUGAUGUUUCAUCUGAUCGAUGGGGUACCAAUUAUCAUGUAGCUCCAAUGUACAACGAGGGGGACUCUCAUGUUACAACUGCUGUACGGGGUACAAUUGGUCAUAUAGCUCCUGAGUACCUCUCCACUGGCAAAGCUUCAGUGAAAACUGAUGUUUUUGGGUAUGGGAUCACACUUCUUGAGCUUCUCACGGGACAGAGGGCUUUUGAUCUUGCUCGUCUCGCCAAUGAUGAUGAUGUCAUGUUGCUUGAUUGGGUCAGAGGAUUGUUUAUGGGCAACCAGCUGGAAGCUUUAUUGGAUGGAGAUCUUCAGGGAAAUUAUGUUGAGGAUGAGGUGGAGCAACUGAUUAAGCUAGCACUGCUGUGCACACAGAAUUCACCUACUGACCGUCCCAAAAUGUCAGAAGUUGUGAGAAUGCUUGAAGGUGAUGAUGGUUUGGCUGAGAGGUGGGAGAAGUGGCAGGAGGAGCAGAUGAUACCGGAACAGGCAUACCAUGCAAUCACUGAUUGGACCAUUGUUGAUUCCACAUCAUUUCUCCCAUCAGAGGAACUCUCCGGUGGCCCUAGAUAACAUGGUAGGAGAGUUGCAGCCUUCUGGUAUUCAAUAGGAGGCCAACCCCUUCCCUCUUCAUUAUUCCGUCCAAGAUAUUCGGUCUGUUGAUCAAUCUUUGUGUAUAUCUUUUCCUUUUUCCAUUAACUUUGGCAAAAGUCUAAAUGAUAUUCUGAAUUUUUAAUGGGUGAUAUUACGAUAGAUGUUUACACUUGACAGGUAACCAGCUGAUAUUUUGUGAGCUUUGGUUCGGAGGCUUUUGAGCAAAAGAAAACCAAUCUUAGAUCCUUGUUUCACUCUCGUAUUUAUGUAACAUAAUCCUACCAUCUGACCAAUUUUCCAGUUUCUCAAAGCACUUGAUCAGACCGGUGUUGAAGACUUCAGGUCAAGUAAUACUGGUAUCCAUCUUCUUAAUUUGAACGCUCCAAUAUUUCUAACCUUUUUAAUCAGCUAGCCAAGAAACAGAAAACAACAUUAGCUAUUUAGCUACUACAUACGGAUGAUUUCAGCUAUGGUUUUGGAGAUCUAAUACUAGGCGAAGCCUCACAGUCCUAUCUUUCUUUUAUUUAUUUU